ACCCUCUAUUCCUGUCCAUUAAAACCCUCCUUGAUCUAUCCCCCUUAUUUAGUGGCACUCAAAUUCCAUUUCUUGAAACUUGAGUGGUAGUGCUACAAUGGUCUUCCAUAGUGAGGAAGAAGAAGGAAAAGAGAUAUACAUGUCACCAAACAGCCCCUAUGAUGAAUCCAAGACAAGUGACAAUGAUGAGAGAGAUCAACAAACAGUUUUAGAAGAUGAAAAUUUGGGUGAGUGGUUGAGUUUGAGCCUCAAUAGUGGGAAUUUAAAUGAGCCCUUCACUGCCUCCUCAGAGAGUGAUGUGAUCAAGUCGAAAAAGGUGUUCUCAUGCAAUUUUUGCAUGAGGAAGUUCUUCAGCUCACAAGCUUUGGGUGGUCACCAAAAUGCACACAAGAGGGAAAGAGGAGCUGCUAAAAGGUAUGGUCAGUCUCAGAGGAUGAUGAUGACAACAAACAUGGGACCUCCAUUCAAUUCUCUCUCGUCGACAUCGACGUUGCGGUCGAUUGGUGUUCAGCCUCACUCACUGGUGCACAAACCAAGCAGAGAAGGGAGCAGUGUGGUGGCAAGAUUUAGUGAUGCCACCAUAGGGUUUGGGGUGGCUUGGACACCCUUUAUGGUUGAGGAAGCAAUGGAUCUGAUUUGGCCAGGAAGCUUUCACAUGGACAAAAUGCCCAAUCAAGCAUCAGAUAAACAUAAGCUAGACUUAAAUCUGCAGCUGUGAUAUAUAUAUAUGUAUAUCUUCUUGUUAAACUUGAUUUGGACAUGUACUUAUUUGAUGUUGUCUAUGUUAACAGUGUCAUGUGCUUCAUGUAUCAAAUAA